AUGGGAAAGCAUGGACCUUGCUAUCACUGUGGUGUUACAAGCACUCCCUUGUGGCGUAAUGGGCCUCCUGACAAGCCAGUACUCUGCAAUGCAUGUGGUUCGAGGUGGAGAACAAAGGGAACUCUAGAAAACUAUACACCUCUGCACUCGAGAGCCGAAGGCGAUGAGAUAGAGGACCGUAGGUUUUCUAAGGUGAGAGCCUUAGCAGUUAAGAACAAAGAGGCAAAGGCUCUCAAGCGCAAGUAUGAAAGUGAUGCUCCUCUCGAUUAUAAUAAUAACCAAGGAUUUCGUAGAGUGUUUGAUGAAGAUACUAGCAAUCGGUCGAGCUCUGGCUCUGCUAUUUCAAACUCCGAGAGCUGUGCACAAUAUGGCAGUGUUGAUGCAAGUGAUUUAACUGGCUUAUCCCAACCUGUCGUGUGGGAUUCGACACUGCCCUCGAGAAAAAGGACAUGCGUGACUCGUCCAAAGCAGCCAUCUCCAGUGGAGAAGCUUACUAAGGAUUUGUAUACCAUAUGGUACGAGCAGCAAUCUUCAUGUCUGUCUGUAACCUCAGAGGACGAUUUGCUUCUCGAGAGUGAUAAACCGAUGGUCUCGGUUGAGAUUGGCCAUGGGAGUGUGCUCAUCAGGCAUCCAAGCUCGAUGAUCGCUCGAGAGGAGGAAUCGGAAGCUAGCUCUCUUUCUAUUGAUAAUAAGAAACGUGUUCUGAGUACACAGCCUGUGGCUUUUCCCAGUCUUGUGGGAAUUGAGAAAAUUCCGAAGCCUGCUUUUAAUACAGGGACGAAAAAAGAGCAAAAUAAAAGAGACAAGGAUCAACCUGAAAAAACACUGAUUUUGGCACAUCAUAAUUCGCCUCUGGGUCACAUAGACUUGCAAGAAAUUGUAAAUUUCAACAAGUUCGUGAGUCAUUUCACAAAUGAUGAACAACAAGAAUUGCUAAAGCUUUUACCUUGUGUUGACACUUCAGAAGCUCCAAAUAGUCUUAGAAGCAUGUUUGGCAGCUCACAGUUCAAGGAGAACUUGUCCUCCUUCCAGAAACUUCUUGCAGAUGGACUCUUUGAUAACACUUUAUCCAGCCUGCCGAAAGAAGAUUGUAGAGUUGUGAGGAAACUUGUUUUGUGCAAUUUGAGUAAAUCGAAAUGGGUGGAACAGUAUAAAAUCUGUAAGGAGUCGAAAGGUAAAGGUGCCUUUGAUGAACCAGAAGCCGCAAAAUCAAGUGCCUUUGCCACUGAUUCUUCAUUUAGUGUGACAAGGCCACGAGAUGGGGUCCACCAAAAGUUUUCAGGGCAAAAGGCGACGAUGAUUAAAAGUCCAAAAAGGAUAGUGAUGAGGUCAAGCUACAACGAGGAAGUGAAAGUAGAUAAAGCUCGCUCUUUCUUGAGUCCAAAAAGCCUAUUUUGUUCGGAUUUUGGUGAUGAGAACUGUGAACAGGAUUUGCUGCUCGACGUUCCAUCAAAUGGUUUGUUCCCGCAGGCUGAACUCCUCACGAGUUCCAGUUUCGGUGCACAAGCAAGCACCACAAGUAGUACUUCAUUGUACCCAUACUUGGGCCAUCCCUGA